CAUUGUUUAUAAGCCAAGGACUGCCUACUCUGACGCGUUUAGCAUGAACUCGGUGUUAUAAGGAACUCCCCCUUCCCACUGUUCUGCAAAUAAUAAGGCGACAGCAUGUCCUUCAUAAGAAAUACAAUAAAAUCAAAGGUGAUAUUUGGGUUGUUGAAUUAUAAAUCUUGAGAUGGCGUAUAGCUGCAGAAUGCUGUGGUAGCCAUGUUGGUUAAGUGUGCCUUCAAUUCUAAAUAAAUCACAGUGUCACCAGCAAAGCACCCCCACACCAUCCCACCUCCUCCUCCAUGCUUCACGGUGGGAACCACACAUGCCGAGAUCUUCCAUUCACCUACUCUGCGUCACAAAGACACGGCGGAUGGAACCAAAAAUCUCAAAUUUGGACUCUUCAGACCAAAGGACAGAUUUCCACUGGUCUAAUCUCCAUUGCUCGUGUUUCUUUGCCAAAGCAAGUCUGUUCUUAUUUGGGCUGCAAUCUGACGUGCAGUUAACUCUAUUGAAUUUAUCCUCUGCAGCAAAGGUAACUCUGGGUUUCCUUUUCUGUGGGGGUCCUCAUGAGAGCCAGUUGCAUCAUAGCGCUUUAUGGUUUUUGUGACUGCACUUGAAGAAACGUUCUUUAAUAAAAUCCUCUUAAGGAUCCGACCCUUUAAAAAAAUGUUUUGCCUACAAUGACAUACCCAAAUCUAACUGCCUGUAGCUCAGGCAGUGAAGCAAGGAUAUGCAUACUCUUGAUACCAUUUGAAAGGAAGCACUUUGAAGUUUGUGGAAAUGUGAAAUUAAUGUAGGAUAAUAUAACAAAUUAGAUCUGGUGAAAAAAACAAAAAAAACAAGAAAAAAACGUUUAAAAAAAAUGUGUACCAUCAUCUUUGAAAUGCAAGAGAAAGGCCAUAAUGUAUUAAUCCAUCCCAGGCGCAAUUUAGAUUUUGGCCACUAGAUGGCAGCAGUGUAUGUGCAAAGUUUUAGACUGAUCCAAUGAACCAUUACAUUUCUGUUCAAAAUGUAUCAAGACUGCCCAAAUGUUCCUAAUUGAUUUAUUAAUAACUUUUGAAGUUCAUAACUGUGCACUCUCCUCAAACAAUAGCAUGGUAUUCUUUCACUGUAAUAGCUACUGUAAAUUGGACAAUGCAGUUAGAUUAACAAGAAUUGAAGCUUUCUGCCAAAAUCAGAUAUGUCUAUGUCCUGGGAAAUGUUCUUGUUACUUACAACCUCAUACUAAUCACAUUAGCCUACGUUAGCUCAACUGUCCCAUGGGGGACCCAUUGAUCCUGAAGAAGUUUUAAGCCACUGAGGCGAUAGUAUAUGCCAGUCUGGAUAUAUAUACUACCAGUCAAAAGUUUGGACACACCUACUCAUUCAAUGUUUUUUCUUUAUUUAGACUAUUUUCUACAUUGUAGAAUAAUAUUGAAGACAUCAAAACUAUGAAAUAACACAUAUGGAAUCAUGUAGUAACCAAAAAAGUGUUAAAUAUAUUAAAACAUGUUUUAUAUUUGAGAUUCUUCAAAGUAGCCACCCUUUGCCUUGAUGACAGCUUUGCACACUCUUGGCAUUCUUCAUACUCAUCGCCAAACCCACUGGCUCCAGGUCAUCUACAAGACCCUGCUAGGUAAAGUCCCCCCUUAUCUCAGCUCGCUGAUCACCAUAGCAGCACCCACCUGUAGCACGCGCUCCAGCAGGUAUAUCUCUCUGGUCACCCCCAAAGCCAAUUCCUUCUUUGGCCGCCUCUCCUUCCAGUUCUCUGCUGCCAAUGACUGGAACAAACUACAAAAAUCUCUGAAACUGGAAACACUUAUCUCCCUCAAUAGCUUUAAGCACCAGCUGUCAGAGCAGCUCACAUAUUACUGCACCUGUACAUAGCCCAUCUAUAAUUUAGCCCAAAACAACUACCUCUUCCCCUACUGUUUUUAUUUAUUUAUUUAUUUUGAUCCUUUGAACCCCAUUAUUUCUAUUUCUACCUUGCACAUUCUUCCACUGCAAAUCUACCAUUCUAGUGUUUUACUUGCUAUAUUGUAUUUACCUCGCCACCAUGGCCUUUUUUUGCCUUUACCUCCCUUAUCUCACCUCAUUUGCUCACAUUGUAUAUAGACUUAUUUUUCUACUGUAUUAUUGACUGUAUGUUUGUUUUACUCCAUGUGUAACUCUGUGUUGUUGUAUGUGUCGAACUGCUUUGCUUUAUCUUGGCCAGGUCGCAAUUGUAAAUGAGAACUUGCUCUCAACUUGCUUACCUGGUUAAAUAAAGGUGAAAAUUAAAAAAUUAAAAAAUUCUCUCAGCCAGCUUCAUGAGGUAGUCACCUGGAAUGCAUUUAAAUUAACAGGUGUGCCUGUUAAAAGUGAAUUUGUGGAAUUGCUUUCCUUCUUAAUGCAUUUGAACCAGUCAGUUGUAUUGUGACAAGGUAGGGUUGGUUUACAGAAGAUAGUCCUAUUUGGUGAAAGACCAAGUCCAUAUUAUGGCAAGAACAGCUCAAAUAAGCAAAGUGAAACGACAGUCCAUCAUUACUUUAAGACAUGGAGGUCAGUCAAUGCGGAAAAUUUAAGCCUAUUGGUAAGGUGUGCUGGCGUGUUUGCCUGACGGCAUCUUCUGUCUGGAAAUACAGCAAUCAAUGAGCUUAUCCUACACCUUACUACUGUCUGGGAGCCAGAAUUUUAUAACCAUGCAGUCAUAAAGGUUUUAUGUUCAGCUUCUGUUUGAGAAGAUAACACUUCACCCAAGUCAAUACAUACGCAUACAUGGUCUGAAUAAAUGUCGAACCAGUUGUCAUACGUCAAAUCAAAUAAAAUGUUAUUGGUUACAUACACAUGUUUAGCAGACGUUAAUGCGAGUGUAGCGAAAUGCUUGUGCUUCUAGUUCCGACCGUGCAGUAAUAUCUAACAAGUUAUCGAACAAUUUCACAACAACUACCCUAUACACACAAAAGGGUAAAGGAAUGAAUAAGAAUAUGUACAUAUAAAUAUAUGGAUGAGCGAUGGCCGAACGGCAUAGGCAGGAUGCAGUAGAUGGUAUAGAAUACAGUAUAUACAUAUAGAGUACAGUAUAUACAUAUGAGAUGAGUAAUGUAGGGUAUGUAAACAUUAUAUAAAGUGGUAUUGUUUAAAGUGACAAGUGAUACAUUUAUUACAUCCAAUUUUUUAUUAUUAAAGUGGCUAGAGAUUUGAGUCAGUAUGUUGGCAGCAGCCACUCAAUGUUAGUGAUGGCUGUUUAACAGUCUGAUAGCCUUGAGAUAGAAGCUGUUUUUCAGUCUCUCUGUCCCAGCUUUGAUGCACCUGUACUGACCUCGCCUUCUGGAUGAUAGCGGGGUGAACAGACAGUGGCUCGGGUGGUUGUUGUCCUUGAUGAUAUUUUUGGCCUUCCUGUGACAUCGGGUGGUGUAGGUGUCUUGGAGGGCAGGUAGUUUUCCCCCGGUGAUGCAUUGUGCAGACCUCACUACCCUCUAGAGAGCCUUGCGGUUGUGGGAGGAGCAGUUGCCGUACCAGGCGGUGAUACAGCCCGACAGGAUGCUCUUGAUUGUGCAUCUGUAAAAGUUUGAGAGUGUUUUUGGUGACAAGCCAAAUUUCUCCAGCCUCCUGAGGUUGAAGAGGCGCUGUUGCGCCUUCUUCCCCACGCUGUCUGUGUGGGUGGACCAUUUCAGUUUGUCCGUGACGUGUACGCCGAGGAACUUAAAACUUUCCACCUUCUCCACUACUGUCCCGUCGAUAUGGAUAGGGGGGUGCUCCCUCUGAUGUUUCCUGAAGUCCACGAUCAUCUCCUUUGUUUUGUUGACAUUGAGUGUGAGGUUGUUUUCCUGACACCACACUCUGAGGGCCCUCACCUCCUCCCUGUAGGCCGUCUCGUUGUUGUUGGUAAUCAAGCCUACCACUAUAGUGUCGUCUGCAAACUUGAUGAUUGAGUUGGAGGCAUGCGUGGCCACGCAGUCAUGGGUGAACAGGGAGUACAGGAGAGGGCUGAGAACGCACCCUUGUGGGGCCCCAGUGUUGAGGAUCAGCGGGGUGGAGAUGUUGUUUCCUACACUCACCACCUGGGGGCGGCCCGUCAGAACGUCCAGGACCCAGUUGCACAGGGCGGGGUCGAGACUCAGGGUCUCGAGCUUAAUGAUGAGUUUGGAGGGCACUAUGGUCUUAAAUGCUGAGCUGUAGUCGAUGAACAGCAUUCUUACAUAGGUAUUCCUCUUGUCCAGAUGGGUUAGGGCAGUGUGCAGUGUGGUUGCUAUUGCAACGUCUGUGGACCUAUUGACUAGUCUCUCAAAGCACUUCAUGAUGACGGAAGUGAGUGCUACGGGGCGAUAGUCAUUUAGCUCAGUUACCUUAGCUUUCUUGGCAACAGGGACAAUGGUGGCCCUCUUGAAGCAUGUGGGAACAGCAGACUGGGAUAGGGAUUGAUUGAAUAUGUCCGUAAACACACCAGCCAGCUGGUCUGCGCAUGCUCUGAGGAUGCUGCUAGACACAGAAAAUACAUAAAGCAUAUGCAACAGAACAGAAUCAUGUCCUUUGUGUCAAGUUCUCUCUCUCUCUCAAAUUGUUCGGUAACCCUUGAUUUGGAUAGUCCAUCUGUAGAGAGAGAGAGUGUGUGUAUGUACUGUGAGGAUGUGAGGCUUCCUAUUGUCAACAACAGAGGGAGCCAUUGGCUAAGUGCUAAGUCUGCUCUGUAACUGCUAAUGUUUUCUUAGGGUAGUCUGUUUUUACUGGGGGUGGGGAGGUUUUAUGCAGUCUGUGGUGACGUUGGUUCUGUGGGGAGGUCCCAGGGAGAAUUACAACUUGUUGCCAUUACCUCUUCAUACCGAAUUUGCAAAUUGUCAUUCAAGUACCGACUUUAGGGUAACAGCCUACCGGUAGGCUACAUCAUUUACUACUGUAUACCGCCACCCUCUGGAUGGGUAACUUUUUGGACAAUGCAAGAAAAGAGUUGAUUUCCUUUUUGGAAAAAAGUCAGACAUAUUUCCACGGGAAAGUCUUUGGAGGGAUGCUGUUCCUAACAACAUGGAAACAAGAUAUGUCUUAGUCAUUGCGCUUCUAAGUAUCUUCUGUUGUUGGACUUACAGCCAAGAACUAAAUCCCAGCGGCAGAAAUGUAUGCAAAACUGGAUCUGACAGGCUCCAAUGCUGUAGUGGCUGGGCACAGCAAGGAGAUGAGUGCUUAAUACCAAUUUGUGAGGGUAACUUCACCUGCCAAGAGAAUGAAGUUUGUGUGCGACCCCACGAAUGCCGCUGUCGUCAUGGUUAUUUUGGAGCCACUUGUGAUAUGAAAUGUCCGUUCAAGUUCUGGGGGCCUGACUGCAAGGGUAAGUGUGAUUGCCAUCCCAACGGGAGGUGCGAUGAUGUCACUGGGGCCUGCACCUGUAACCCUAAUCGCUGGGGGCCAAACUGUGAGCGAGCCUGCGGCUGCCAGAAGGGCCAAUGCAUCCAGGAAACAGGUGCUUGUACGUGCUACACAGGCUAUUGGGGCCCUCAGUGCUCUAACAAUUGUUACUGCAGAGUAAACUCUAUGUGUGAUGUGGGAACUGGCCAGUGCCACUGCAAUCCUGGCUGGUAUGGGAGGAACUGCGGUGCCAAGUGUGCCUGCAACACCUCUCCGUGUGACCAGCUCACCGGCCGCUGCAAGUGUCGAGAGCGUCUGUGGGGUACUCACUGCGAGCACAAGUGCCAGUGUCUCUAUGGACGCUGUAACCCGGCGGAUGGAUCGUGCACCUGCAAGCCAGGAUUCAGAGGGAAGUUCUGCAGGGAGACGUGUCCAGCUGGAUUCUACGGACAAAAUUGCAGAAACAGGUGUGGUCACUGCAAAGGCCAGCAGCCCUGCAUGGUGGCAGAGGGACAUUGCAUCGCAUGUGAAAGCGGUUGGAAUGGCACCAGGUGUGACCAGAUGUGUACUCCUGGGUUCUUUGGUGAAAACUGCAAGGACGUUUGCUCAUCCUGUAAAGACGGACACUUCUGCAACCGCAUCGAUGGCAAAUGCCCCCACUGCAACCCUGGAUGGAUGGGUGAUCGAUGUGAGGUCAAGUGCCGAAAUGGAACCUAUGGAGAGAACUGUGUCAAUGACUGCAACAGCUGCUUCAAUGGGAUGUGUCACUUCGCCACAGGAAAUUGUCUCUGCGAUCCUGGCUUCUCUGGUGCCUACUGUAAUGUGAGCUGUUCAGCGGGUCAGUAUGGGCUUAACUGUACCCAGACCUGUUCCUGCCAUGACAACAACUGCAACAUAGUGACUGGAGCAUGCAACCUACAGCCUAACCAAAGGAUGGGUGUGAUGGCAGCAGGGGUGCUGGUCACCUGUCUCCUGCUCCUCUCCUUGCUGUGUUGCUGCUCUGUCUGCAGACAGAACGAUCCUGAGAAAAGGUCCAAAAGAAGACUAUGUGGAGGGUUGACACGAAUCAGCUCUAAACUUCCUCGUAUCCCACUGAGACGGCAGAAGCUACCCAAAGUUGUUGUGUCCCACCAUGAUCCUGAGAAUACCUUCAACUGUAGUUUCAUUGAGCCCCCCUCUGCAGUGGAGCAACCCACCGCCUCCGGGUCAUCCAGAGCGUCCUUCUCUUCCGUAGAGACCACAGAGGAUGGACAUGUCUAUGCUGUGCCUGACGAGAACAAAAAUAAAGGGGACAGAAUCAACACAACGGAGACUACAGUACUAGCUGAUGAUGUCUCUGAGGUAGACACAUUGCCGGAGGACAGGUAUAUGACUGAGCAGGCUUCAGUUAACACCAGUGAGCUGCCACUCCAGAAGUCAGAGAGUGAGGGCUCCUGCAGUGGCACAGAGUCAGCCACCAGCACCCUCUGCCUCAGGGCCUCUUUCCCUCAGCCACCACAGCAGUCCAGCAAGGAGCCAGAGAACAAUGGCAAGUCAAACAAUGUCAAAUAUAAUGGAACGCCUAUAGCUGCUGAGAGGAUUAAACCACAGCCACCAGACCCCUCCACCAAGCCCAAGCUCUCCUGGAUCCAUGCAUCUCCUGGGCCAAAUCAGAAUCAGAUAAGUCAGGAAGAGACUGUGGCUGAGGAUAACAUUUGUUCCAGAAAGAAAGCCAGCAAGCAGCGAGCUCCCAACGCCCCAGAGUCUGCAGGUACAGAUGGGGCCAGCUCCCUAGGUGAGAAGAAGCCUAAUAAAAGCAGACCAGGUCUGUUGCAGAUAGAGCACAUCAAUGGGGCAGUGCAGAGUGUCCUGAGGAAAAUGGGCAAUUUCCGUGUUGACCGGAAAGCUGCAAUCCCCAAAGAGUCCCCAGAGAAGAGGCCCAGCUUAUCCCUAAACAGGGAGGUUAACCAACCGAACAUACACCCUGAGGUAGCCUCCCUCUUAACUGCUCAGCUGAAGGAGAAGACUAAGAGCCUGAACAGGAGCGAGGCCGGCAGCUGUGAGGAGAGCCUGUCUCACCUCCAGGCCCAGAGAAAGAAGCCAACCCCGCCCCAAAAGACCUCGGGCACCCAGCCUGGAGCUGGAAAGGAUUUGCUUCCCACAUCCGACAGCUCACAGAAGCCUCUGCCAGAUACUCCAUCUAAAGAAGCCAAAUACCAAGAGAAACAAGACUCUAACAACUCUGAAAGCAGCUCAGAUAAGGGAGAGACCAAAAAUAAGACCCCAAUGAAAAAGCCUCCUCGGAAAAAGAGCAAGGAAGGUAAUGUAGACUCAAAAAUACAGACUACUGCUCCAAAGGUUGCAGUGAUGCCACCAAAGGCUGCAAAUUAGCACAGCCAGUCUGGAUGUUUCUCAAUUCUGGAAAAACAAUGACGCACAUGUUGUGAUGCUUGAAAGAAUUUAUUGGACACAUGUUUUAUUGUUUUUAGCACCAAAUCGAAAAAGCGAUGGAAUCUUUUCCCUUGGGUGGAUGUUUUUGAUCUUGAGAAAUGUUAUGAUACAAUGCAGUAUUCUUUAUAUGUUAACCUUUUAUAUUCCUUCACUUUAGUUAUUGUAAAAUCAAUAUAUUAGUAAAAGUGCUAAGACAUCAGAAUAAUUAUUUACCUUUGUUAUUUUAUUCAUUUUCUAAUUUGUUCAUAUCAAAUAGACCAAACACCCCAAAAUCUGGAUUUUGCAUCUCCCAUAUCUAAUCAAUGUUUUAAGUUGGAAAGUCGAUCCCACUGCCCAGAACUUUGGAGCCACGACAGGACCUCAGACAAACAAGAGGUGUGGUGUAUUGAUGGUGGAACAGUCUGGGGUCUGUGUAGAGGGCCCUGUGGCUGUCUGACACAUGUGCUACAGUUGUGUGUGUGCAGUUUGUUGGGGGGGAAUGAUAGACUUUGAGGCAGCUGUAAAGACUACAGAAGUUCAUACGGUGUUUAAUUGAAUCCAGACUGUUGGCACCGGUCGUCCUGAAUCCAUGAUGUGACCUGCUUAGACAGGAACAUCUCUCCCUUUGCUAUCAGGAGGCACAGACAAAGCAAAUACACAUUUAGGAGCAGCAAGGUCCUGAAAAUAAGUUAUUAAACGUAAAUAAGUAACAUUGUAAGUAAGUAACAUAGUAUGAUUGGCAGAUCACUUGAAAUAAUACUGGAACAUGUCCUCACAGACCAGCUGCAUUGUUGUGCACGUUAGAUCAUAAUGAACGCAUUUAUAGAGGCUCCAAUGGUUUAGUGAAGAAACAUGCUUUCAAGGCAUGACUGUGUGCAUUGCUGCAUGCAUAGGCGUCUAUACAUCAUUAUUUAAUUCUAGAAGUUUUACUGUGGAAAAGGGAUCGGGACUAGUGGUGGGAAGGGGACUAGAAUUACGUUUUGACUGCCUGUUUAAACAUCUCCCUGGAGCUUCGUCUGUAACUGAAUGCCAGGCCUUGAGAAGCAACUGCCAAGUAAAUCCUGUCCCAGAAUCCUCUUGGGAGACGGUGGUUAGCAUAGAGACACCCUAUGAAAGCAUUAACAUCUUGUAGCCAUUACAUCGAUGGAAAAACAUUUGCGACUUGAGGAAAAAAAGCGAAUAUUAUGCGCUAAGCAAAGCAGAAAACCUAGAGUGAUAACACCUAAACAUCAGUAUGACCUAAUUGGAAACGUUGGUCUCAGAAAAACACAAGUUGUUACCUAAAUAUGGUUUGAAUUUGUUGUCAAUAUAUUUUUGUUAUGCCAAGAUGGUACAGGAUCAUUCAUUGAGAAUUGCAUUUUCUGAAAUUUUGUAUAAAAAAAUUACUUUGGAUAUAGGCCAUACAUAUGUUAGAUUCUAAGUUCUGGUACAAAUCCAGUCGGACACCAAAGGAAGCUAGAUUUAUUCCAUCCAAACUGAAUGCUGCAGCUACAUAGCACACAAUUUACACAAGCAUAUAUUUAUGCCUUCCGAUUAGGAGUCACCUCCUUGUCUGUCGAGGAUAAACAAUCAGUGUUGCUGGGCAAUAACUAAGUAUGUUCCUGCUAUUGGUGUUCCAGAACCUUCAUGGGCAGGGAUGUGUAUGUGUGUGUGUGAUAAGACUACAGUUGGAGUAUUGUUGGGAUGGGCCCCUCUAGCCCCCCCCCCCCCCCAGAGGUUUCUUCUCUCUUCAACUUUCUCCUCACCUCAAUGUUAAACUCCACUUCUCUCACUGCUUUAGUUCCACAGAAUCUCACCUGACCUUACCCAGAACUGAGAGUCAGCUGUGGCUCUUUACCUAAUUUCUUAGAAAUACGAAUAUACAACAAUAACAUAUGUGGACAUAGACAAUUUCUGUACUUCCCUUUGUCCCAGCAAUAACACUCUCCGGCUCCAACAUCCUAACCAACAACAAAGUAUUACUACUAAUAAGCAGAUUAUCCAAUUACUAACGGACUCAUUAUGCAACUAAAAACCGGCUCAAGUCAAAUACAUGGCUCCAAAAGUACUGUAUAUAACACCACAAGCAAAUGGCAGGACUUUUCUAUGGGAAUGACUACAUGAUUGCGAGUGUCUUAGUCACUGUGGUAUGAACGGGAUGGUGGGAACCUUCUGUGUAGGCAACGCUACACCAUGAUCUUUUCAUUUUCUCUGUUCUCCGAAACAGGAAUGGAAAGUACAGACAUCAUGAAAUAUCAUAAUUGGAAACCAGCACAGGCGACCCAGAAUGAACAGACAGGAUCAUAGCCAGGACCAGUGUUAUGAUGUGACUCAUUAAAGAGGGAAUUUCCUUUGUA